CGACAAAUGAAGAGACUGUCUGCUAGCUACUGUGACAACUAUACAAACGACUUUGGCUUCCCCCAGGAGGUGUUUGACGGCAAGGCGCUGCAGAAGGCUCAAGUCCUCUCUGUCAUCCAUGUGACAAACCAGAAGACCUUCCACCUCUUCUGCACAGAGGCCUCACCUGCUCCCUGGAACAUAACCCUCCUGGAGGAAUUGUGCUCAGGACUUUCUGAGCAGAUGGGCCGCCUGGAAGCCUGUCCUCUGCAGGAGGCAGGGGUGGAAGAGAUGCCCCUGGUGAAUGGGGACUCCAUCCUGAGGAACUACUUCCAGAGAAUCUCCCUCUAUCUGCAAGAGAAGCAAUACAGCCCUUGUGCCUGGGAGAUGGUCCGAGCAGAGAUCAUGAAACCCUUGUAUGUAUCAAUAGCCUUGCAUAAGAGACUAAGGAGUGGCAAGUGA